AGUAUUUUUACUCAUUUUGGUAAUAAUAUAUGUGGCGGAUAUCCCGAUCCAUCUCAAUCAACACUUCCAAUGAAAAAUAAUAACGCUGUUGCGUUAUUAAGCACUCAAAAUUUUGAAGACUUCACUUGGUCAUUGCCAGCUAUUUCAAACCAACCAAUCCCCUACUGGCAUACAGCAAUAACCUAUAGAAAGAAAAUGCGUCGUCCUGCUUAA